UGACAAAUUCAAAUUACACAUGACUAUGACGUAUUUCCUUCGUUCAUAUCAGCGCCAUCUAGUAAAAACCUGGGAUUAAAUGUGCACGAAUUACACAUACCAAAAUUGGAAAUUGGAGUAGACUUUGUAUUGUGAUUUAUCGAAAAGUGCUGUGAAUUCUUUUGGAAUUGUUUUGUUAAAAAGCGGACUUAUUUCAAAAUGAUGCAAUUUAUGUUAUUAUUCAGUCGUCAAGGAAAAUUGCGUUUACAAAAGUGGUAUGUGGCCCAUCCUGAUAAAUUGAAGAAAAAGAUUACUCGAGAAUUAAUUACUACAAUAUUAGCACGAAAACCAAAAAUGUCAAGUUUCUUAGAAUGGAAGGAUGUUAAGGUUGUCUAUAAAAGAUAUGCCAGUUUGUAUUUUUGUUGUGCAAUAGAACAAAAUGAUAAUGAAUUAUUAACAUUAGAAAUUAUACAUCGUUAUGUCGAACUAUUGGAUAAAUACUUUGGAAGUGUUUGUGAACUAGAUAUAAUUUUCAACUUUGAAAAAGCAUAUUUCAUCUUAGACGAAUUAUUGGUUGGUGGUGAAAUUCAAGAGACUAGCAAAAAAAAUGUUUUAAAAGCCAUUGCAGCUCAGGAUUUACUACAGGAGCUUUGUGUAUCCAUACAAGUAUAUACUCAGUUAUAUGAAAAGGGUUCAGUUCACCAUUUGAAGCUGCAUCAAGGAGAUUACUUAAUUACAAACUAGGAGGAAACUCCACAAGGUUUCUUCGAGGACCAUGGUCUGGGAUAAUACUUCCUAAACAAUAUAUCCAGCAUAACGUAAGUGGUAUGUUACAAUGCUGCUUCAACAUUCCAGAAUUCUAUUUACGACAAGCUUUCUCAAUUAGAUUUAAGAGUAUGGUACUGCAGAGACAUUAACGAAUUGAAAUUAAGCUUUUCAAUUAAAGUCAUGUUUCUGUUAUAAGUUAAAAUGUAAUUAUAUUGAAAAAAUUAUAAUCGCUGUUUGAAUAGUCAAUGAAAUGUAGUUACUCUAUAAAACGUUAAAAACCAGACAUAUUGUUUCUCUUUGUUAAAAUACUAGCAGUACUAUACUACUUAUAUACAUAUAUAUCAUAUACAUAUAUGUAUGUAUGUCUUUCCAGAUUGACAUAUUAUUUAAUCCUUUAUGUUUCAUUUGCUUUCUGAAGUGAUACAAUGUUUAUUCUUAUCAUAAUUUCUUCUUUUAUCUUUGAUAUGUAUGCAAAGAAGUUGGUAUAAUUAAAGCUUUGGAACUAAAAUUUAUAAUUUUGUUGAUAGAAUUAUUAUAUUGUUGUAUAAUACUUAAGAAAUUAAAAUUUUAUAUGCUUGAAAGAAAUAUGUAAAACAGUUUGCUCUUCAUAUUUUAUUUUGCAUUUAUUACAUUGUAUUCCUAUAAAUUGCAUUUAGUAUAUUUGUUUGUAUGAUUAACAUUUUAUGAUAUUUUAGUAAAAAUAUACUAUUUUUUUCAUCCAAGAUGACUUCAUCUAUAAGUAACGAAAAUAAUACAAUUUAAUUCUCAAACCAUAUUUGGUAUACAAGCAAAUCUCAUUACAUAAACUGCUAUAUUUCCUUCUUAUUAAAUCAUUUUUAUUACAUUGUUUAUACAUAAAGGGUCAAAUAAUUAAAGAAUAUUCGAUAAUAUUGUCGCUAUACGUGUAUUAAUGUAUCGUUCGUGAGGUGCUUAUCGAAAUUCUAUUUACAUUUAUUCUUUUUUGGGGGGGAUUGAAGUAUGUAUAAGUAUUACGAAAGGUCGUCGUGUUUUAUCAAUAAUUAAUCGAUGAUCAUAUUGUUAUGUUUUACGUAUAAAUAAUAGUCAAUAAGUUUGACGACGUUUUCAAGCAUACGCUCAAAAGUAGUCCAAUCGUUCGAAUAAAAUCAAACUGAAAUUGAAAGAAAAGUAAAUGUGACGUUUUGUUAGAAACAAGGUAUAUAACUGAAAUAUGAACAGAACAAUUAGAAUUUGAAGGACUCAUUUUAUACGAAUAUUUCAAAUUUAUGUUUAGUCAAAUACUGAAUUACAACAAAUAUAUUGCUCUUGAAGGAGAAAAUUUCUUCUUGAAGAUUUGCGAUUUUGCGAUUAUAUAUUCGAAAUAAUUAUUUUUCUCUUAAAUAAAAUAUAAUAUCCUCACGUGAAAUUUAUAAUCCUUCGAAAAUAUUAUUUAAGACAUAGCACAAUUAAAAGAAAAUCAAUAGAAAUGUUUUGUUAUCGUUGAAAUCUGAUGAGAUAACUACAUACGUACGUUGUAAAUUUUUCAGUAAUCGUUAUCGCUAAAUGAAGAAAUUUUCCUUGUUAUAAUUAAUAGUUGAAUGUUCAAUUGUACUAUUUGUAUAAGAGUUCUGCAGCAUAUCCAGCUUAAUCGUGUGUCACAUAAUGCUUUUUACAUUCUUACGUGUAAAAAUUAGUUAUUUUUGUUUUCCUUUCCUAUAUAUAUUUUUUAUCAAAAUUCGAUAUGCAAAACGUGAUUUAUAUCUAAAAUUUUGGUUGUAGAAUGAAUUUAAAGAAGACUGUUUCUUUAUACAUUUAUUCCUAUUACAUGGGUAAAAGUUUUGGUAAAUUCAAAAGAAUACUUAUAAUAGCUUAGAAAUGAAGCUAAAAGAAAAAUUAAUGAAUAAUUAAUAAAUUACAGAAAAUAUUAUAUAACGACAUUUCGAAAUUACUGCGGCUAAUUGCAAAGCUUGCAAAAAAAUUGCAUUAUUAUAAAAUCGUUUAUAUAAGAUUAUUUUUUUUUUUUUAAGAAUUAGAAAAAUACCUCGUUUCGCGAAUUUAAACCGGAUAUGCUGCAAAAUUUCUUAAAAUUUUGUUGAAUUGAUUAAUUAUAAGCGAAAGGAUAGAAGAGCACUUAAUAAUCGUAGCUUUCGCCAAACGAUUGCGCAAUCUAUCAUUCGUCUCAUACAGGAUGAUUUAUCUUACCAUAUAAAUGAAGUUAUUGCGGAAAGUAAGCUGCGUUGAAAAGGAUAAAAUGGAUUUUCAAGGAUUUGCAGAUUUGUAAAAUAGAAUUCAACACAUCGAGAAUACCUGUAUUUCACGAAAUCAGUCAUAUAUACAUACAUUACGUAUGCGUUAUAUGAAUCUGUUAUUUCAGUGAAAAAGAUUCUACCUUCGUUCUUUCGAGUAAGGGAAAAACAAAGAUAAAGAGUCGUAUUCGUCGUCUUAAAUAUAAUAUUAUUUCAAAAUUUACAAUUGCUUGUUUACAAAUGUUUAAACAAAAUUGCAUAUCUUACCUUCCAUAAAAUUUAUUUAUCUAUCGACAAGUUAAAAAUUCAUUUUAUUUACAACCUGUCCAUUAAGAUUGCGCCAUGUACUAUAUGAUAAAGUUGCUGAAAUUUUCCAUUCAACCCAGCGUACUUUCCCAAAUAAACUUGUAAAUUAAAAUCGACCACCCUGUAGACUAACUGAAAAUCACUGACGAGGAUAUCGAUUUCGAUAUAAACAUCAUCUUGUAGUAUUUUUCGGCGUUGGCGAUGAUAAAAGAUAUUCAUGUUCCUGUCGAUUAUCAUUCUCGUCUUACCGAAAUAGUUUUGCGCGCGGUUCUAUCGCCAAUUCUUGUUUUUACGCGUAUAUGUACGUCCCGAACAAAGGAACGGAAGAAAUCGAUGUUUAAACGGAAGCAUGUAAAAAAUUUCCCAGGCAUGCAAGUUUGUAUCGUUACUAGAACCAUAGUUUAUCGAUUAUGGAAACGUUCGCCGAUCGACAAAUUUUUCGUAUUAAUCUCGGUGAAUAUUGCGCUCUUAAAGGCUGUCAUGGAUGAAGGUUUGUCUCUAUACGUUUUUCAACAUUAAAGAUUAAUGAAAUCGAACAAACGAAAUCAAAUGUUUUACAGUAAUCAUUGGGUCGCGGGUUUUUAUGCGUUUAUGGGACAUCUAAAAAUGCGAAAAUCCAUAUAAUGUACCAAAGUAUAUACGGUGUUUUAGAAACUAUGACGCAGUCUGCUAUUGGUCGAUUCUACGUGAAACAGCAAGUCGAAAAUGCAGAAUAAAGAUCGUUGACGCGUGUUCAAGAAAAUCGAGAAAGAAACUAAUUGGUUUGAAAAUUUGUCGAGUUAAACUUGGUUAAUUACCGACUAAGUAUGAGUGGACAAUUAGCAGCAGGUUGUUGCACACGCGAAAUAAAAUUUUCCCUUUCAAGAAGAUAAAGUUUGAACAUACUUAGCGAAGAAUUAGCCUGGUACAGGCGCGCGAUAAAUUUACUAAUUUAUCGUUCUUGAAAACAAAGCGAAAAAACUUUUAUUACGUACCUUCGACCUAUUUUAUUUAAGUAUGUCCGACGAAUGUACAAGCUUAAUUUUCUCAACAAACGAAGCGACGUAUGAAAGCAUCUUAUUCUGUAUUUUCGCUAGGUUUCUUCACGUAGUGUCACCUUAUCGCCGAUUGUACCGUCAUUGUUGGUGGUUGAUACCACCGUACAAUAUGUCUAAGAUAUCCAAGAUAAUGAUCGUAAUGAUGGUAGGCGAAACAAAUUUCCGUUUCGGUUCUAUGUUUUUAGCGAUACUUGCAGAAAUAAACAUUUCCAUAAAUAUACGCAGCCUAGUGAUUACAAAUAGUAUUACAAUGGCAUUAUUG